CGCCGCAAUGCUAGCUCGGCCUGCGCUUCCGCAUCAUAGCACAUUCAAAUUCGGGGAAGCUUUUGCCUUGGCAUCAAGCAGGAAACAUCCAACGUUCAACUGUUGCUUAUUCCAUGUUUUAAAGGCUUUCUACGACUCUUCUCAAUUCCUCACAAACAGCAAAGAUGGCCACUUUAAGGCGCUACUUGAAUCAAUUUGCAAAUCGGUUUUGCAUCACCACCUCACAGCAAUUAACCUGGCUUGCCGUUUUGUCAUCAUUGUGUCUCUUUGUGUAUUAUCAGCUUUACCUUCACUUCACUACAAAUCACCUUGAGAGUGAAUAUUUUGUUGACGCUACCAAGUGUCCGGCCUGCUUCGGAACAACCCUCUGCAAGCGUUUCAGUCGAGGAGAGUUCCGUUUCCAUUCAUACUCCUCCAUCCGCAUCCUCGAUUUUGUCAACGUCAAGAACGUCUACUUCGCUACCUACCUCGAUCAGAAACCAGUCGUCUUGAAGAAGCUCGGACACACCUCCGAACACAACCAGUUUGACCGAGACCUCUGUACCAAUGCGGAAAGUGGCCUUCUCGGAUGCGACGUCUCGCAGCAGAUUUACAAGUCUAAGCUCUCAGAUAUCAUGUAUGCAGAUCGGCUCGAAGAGAAGGAUGUCAUGGGACUAUCUGAUUUGGUUAGGUGUCCAUCCAGGAGGCUUUUAGACAGGAUUUGGGAUACGUUUGGAGAGAGGCAGUUCGAUCAUUCGUUGGCAAGAGAUAACAAAUUGAUGUUGGCCACAACCAUAGCCUUCAACCCAGAGCCACUCAUUUAUCAGGCUUUUCCAAACCGGAAAGGCUGGCCAUUCCCAGUGUACAUGGGUGCAUGUGGGAGGUUUACUGUUCAGGAAUACAGCGGGCAUACUCUGAGCUACUUCUACAAAUUUAACUUCAACGUCAGAGCUGCACUAGCCAUUCAGGCAUUGAAGAUAGCAGAACAACUAUCUGAGAACAGAGAAGAGUUUGCUCUGUAUCUCACCGACGUCUCGGAAGACAACCUAGCAGUCAACAGCAAUGGAGAGGUUCUAGUGAUUGAUGCUGAAAACAUCAUUGUAGUGGACAGGAAGAAGAUAAAAGAAGAUGCUAAACCUGGUUGGGAUGUGAAGCACCAGUCUGAACAUUCAGGAUGUGGAAGUAGAAGAGAAUGUAUCAUGUUCUCACAUACAGAUCUAUGUAAUCAUUACUACAGUGAUCAUAACUACUAUGCAGUGUGUCAAGGGCUAUUCAGUAAAGAUUCAAAAUACGGUGAUGGAGGUCUCUUACACAGCGUGCCCUCUGACCUCUCGCCUUACAUGAGGGCAAAGGUCAAAGAUCAGAUCUCGGAAUGUCGCAGCCCCAGAACACAGGAGGGAAGAUACCUUGCCGUGAAGCAGCUUAAAGCAACCCUGAUGAAGCUGAUUACAUAACACCAGCUGCAAUAAGAAUUCUUUAGGAUGUGAUGAUCAUUGUAAAUGUCAGUCACGGGAAUAAUACACUGUGAGUUCAUGGUGACAUCACAUGAGGUUUUCCAGGGGAGUGUUUCACGAGAAGUUUUUUCCAGUGAUUUUCACUGAAUAAUUAGCUCUCAGCCAAUCAGAUGCAAGGCUUUGUUGUAGCUUAUAACAAUAAUCAGUAAAAAACCACUGACUAUUUGUUCAAUGAAAUGCUCCCCUGAAAAGGACUGCGAAGUUAAAGAAUGAGAGAGAGAUGGAUUGAAAAGUAGGGUAAGAGAGUGCACUGUUCCUUGAUAUAGAGCUAUAACUAUUCAAUGAGAAGAGAAGAGUGAUAUUAUUUUGUCUGAAAUCGCCACUUUGGGCAUUUUUUCAUGUGUGCCUUGUCAUUUCUCUCUUCUUUUUUUUUUCCUUGAGAACCUUUUUUUUAUCUCUUUCUGCUCAUUAUAGGCCUCCCCUGUGUUCUUAUAUAAUAUUGAUACUUCUCUCUAUCUCUCUCUCUCUCUUUAAAGCCCAUACUGGAUGGAAUAUGUGCUACAUGAAAAAAAAAACUAUUUCGUGUAUUGAUUAACAAUUUUUUUUUAUUACUCUGCUUAUACCAAAGAAAUUCAGCUGAAAACAUGUAAAAGCUUUUGAUAUCAAGAAAUUUAUAUGAACACAACUUUCAGUGCCAUUCAGCCUUUUGCAGUGUUCCUUUGCAAUGUUUUGAUCUACUACAUGGAGCUUAUUUAAAAGGGAAUGAAUCCUUUGGAACAUGUGGGCUUGUGUGGAAACAGGGAAAUCAAAGAAGAAGAACAAAGAAAGUUUGAGAAAAAUCAGACAAAUAAUG